GCUGCUGCAGGGGUCUGCUUGACGGCUGGCCGAGCGCUCGCCCACCCCCAGAGCGGUGGCCCAAGCCGGGGUGCCCGCCGAGCUUGGCUUUGGUCAGACCCGUCCGGUUGCUCACGCUCCGGAAGUGUACACUCGGAAAACGCUGCUGUCGAGCUUCGGUCCGCGAAGUGCGCUCCCGCCUCCCCAUGCACCUGCCGGGCUGCGUCCCAGCCAUGGCCGACGGGAGCUUCUCGCUCGCUGGCCACCUGCUCCGCAGCCCGGGAGGGAGCUCGUCCCGCCUGCACAGCAUCGAAGCCAUCCUGGGCUUUACCAAGGAAGACGGGCUCCUGGACUCCUUUCCCGCCGAGAGGGCCUCCAGGGGCGCGAAGGAGCGGGAUCCCAGGCUGGGGGCGCGCUCCGCCUGCCCCAAGGCGCCCGCAGGAGGCUCGGAGGCUUCCCCACCGCCAGCCCCCGGGCUGGUCCCCGAGUACGAAGCCUCUCGCCCCUGCUACCCCAAGGAGCAAGGAGAGGCGCGGCCGAGCCCGGGACUGCCGGUUGGGCCGGCAGCAGGCGAUUCGAAGCUGCCGGAGGAGGAACCUCCCAAGAAGAAGCACCGGCGCAACCGCACGACCUUCACCACGUACCAGCUGCACGAGCUGGAGCGCGCCUUCGAGAAGUCCCACUACCCCGACGUGUACAGCCGCGAAGAGCUGGCCAGCAAGGUUAACCUGCCCGAGGUUCGCGUCCAGGUGUGGUUCCAGAACCGUCGGGCUAAAUGGAGGCGGCAGGAGAAGCUGGAAGUGUCGUCGAUGAAGCUUCAGGACUCGCCCCUCCUGUCCUUCAGCCGCUCCCCUCCUUCCUCGGCGCUGGCUCCGCUGGGGACCGGCCCGGGCGGCGGGAGCGGGCCUCCGGGCAGCGCCCUGCCGCUGGAGCCGUGGCUCGGGCCGCCCCUGCCCGGCGGGGGCGCCACGACGCUGCAGAGCCUGCCGGGCUUCGGGCCGCCGGGACAGGGCCUCCCGGCCAACUACACGCCGCCCCCGGCCUUCCUGAACUCCGCGCCCCUGGGCCCCGGGCUGCCGCAGCUCGGGCCUCCGCCCGCCUACCCCUGCGCACCGGGGUUCGGGGACAAGUUUUCGCUGGAGGAGGCGUACCCGCGUAACAGUAGCAUCGCGGCGCUGCGCCUGAAGGCCAAGGAGCACAUCCAGGCCAUCGGGAAGCCCUGGCAGGCCCUCUAGAGGCGCUGCCCAGCGUCCUGCGAGCGGUGCGCGCCCCGCGGCUGGCCUCGCUCUCUCCGCUGGCCCCGGAGCCGGCCUGACACUCCUGCCCAUUCCUGACUCUCCAAGAAAGGCCAGCCUUGAGGCGGAACCCCAGCCUGGUUGCCGGAGGGACGAGCUGCGGGCCCCCGCA